AUGGCGGUCUCGCCGCCACCGCUGCUGCUGCUGCUGCUGCUGCUGGUACUGGCGCUGCUGUUGAAAUCCGACGGGGCUCCAGUCACCGUCGCCUCUACAGAUAUUACAACUUUGUGGCGCUUGGGCCAGCCGGUGGGGGCCUCGCCUCCCAACCCUCAGCCAGCUCCCAAGGCCUCCACCCUCAGACCCACAGGGAGCAGUGCCACCCUCCACCCUAGCACCCACCAUUCCCAGACUGACCCCAGCAGUUCAAGUAGAGGGGAAUCUGCCAUCGCCCACCUUAGUACCACCAGUUCCGGGGACACGUCCGUCUAUUUCAGCCCCCCAGGUUCAAGGGCAGGCUCCACGCUCGGGAGCCCUCUAAGUCCAGAGACAGUCCCUACCUCCCUGCAGCCAGAGAGGAUCUCCCACCACAGCUCGGGCCCCCCAGUUCUGAGCUCCUCCCCACCUCCCACUGCUGCCACCCCAAGAAAUACCUCCAUGACCCUACCCUGGGGUCCCACGCCCCUCAGCACCCAAACAGAGCCCUCCUCCACAACUUCCGUCACCACCUCCCAGACGGCCUCGGCUUCGGGCCCCACUCCUGGUGGGCCCAGGGCGCCCGAGCUACAGAGAAAUCCAGGUGUAGUGGUGGCAGUGUGUCUACUGGUGUCCGUCCUGGUCAUUGGUUCUGUGGUCAUGGCCGUGCGGUGUUGCCAGAAGAAAGAGUCCAAGUUCCGGAAGCUGGAUGAGGUUUCCAUGGGCGUGCUGAGCGAGAGGUCUUCCUUUGCCUACCCCCUCCCGAAGUGAUCGGCAUGGCUGGCAGAGACGGGGUCCCUGGGGAGGGGCAGGGCCUGUGAAUAAAUCACUCACCGCUCA